CAUUCCUAUCAAUAAUCAUUACAAUAAAUUAAUAAGUAAUAACAAUGGUGAAUUACUGCUGCGUCUCCGGCUGUGGCAGAAAUAGUCGAGCAAACAAAUAUUUAAACUAUUAUAGCUUGCCAAAGACCAGACUCCGACAAAAGCUAUGGCUAAAAGCUGCUGGUAAAGAAGAUUUAUUAGACAAAGACUUGGAAAAACUUCAGAAAACAUUAAGGUUUUGUUCUCGCCACUUCAUACCGAGUUUUAUAAAAAACAGACAUCUCACCGAUGAUGCUGUACCCUCAAAAUGUUUACCAGGAUCAUUGAGUGAAGAUGAAGAUGAUAAAAUACCGGCUACCCACGAGGGGAUAAUCUGCGACAACUGCUUACAGACCAUUGUUGGGUUCCGCUACAAGUGCGUCUCCUGUGACAACUACGACCUCUGCCAGAAGUGUGAAAUGCAAGAAACACACCCGCAACAUUACAUGUUGAGGAUACCUUGCUCCUUGGAAUUUAAGACAUGCGAUGAUUUAAUAAAUAAAUGGCGACAGUUCUUUAACUCUGAGCACAUCUUACCUAAAACUGAGCUUAUUGACGAAAACCUAUCCAGUGAUGAUGAACCUGUAAAGAAAUACAUCACGAAUUACACCUCAACUGAUCUAUCGCAGGAUGUAAAAAAGAGCAUACAAAAUGAGGUCGCCAGAGCUUUAAAAGCCGUCAAAAACCAGGCGAAACGGAAAAACAUGGAGAAAGUUAUGUAUCCCAGCAAGAAAGUGAAGAUGAACUUGCAGAGCCUAGCGGAUACCGAAGGUGUCAAAGAAGACUCAGCAAAUGAGCCAGAAGUGGGAAUGGUUUUUGCAGAGGUGGAUAAUGUGUUCAGCCAUGAUGUCAAAACAGAACAGAGUAACGAUGGGCCACACCCAGAAGAGAGUGACAAUCUACGCGCAUUUUAUUUGAAAAUGGGGAUAGACCUCUCACAGCUUAUGGUACAAGUUGCACCAACUACUGAAGAACCCUUAUAAGAAUCAUAUUCUACGAUUUAGAAAGAUUUUAACUGCAUAAGAACAUAUUAUUAUUUGAGAUUU